AUUCUUUUCCGGUCCGUCGCUUUGUCGCUUCCGACUCUCUUUUCACUCAACCGGUGUCUCUUUUCGCUCCACGUGUAGGGAUUUAAUUCGUGUUUAUUGCCCCCUGCGCAUUCCACAUUUUCCGGAAAAAAUGUCUUUCGAGCAGAUGAAGGCGAACGUGGGCAAACUCCUGCGAGGAAUCGAUCGCUACAACCCAGAAAACCUGUCCACGUUGGAGCGCUACGUGGAGACACAAGCCCGGGAAAACGCGUACGACCUGGAGGCCAACCUUGCUGUUCUCAAACUCUACCAGUUCAACCCGGCUUACUUCCAGACCAACGUGACGUCCCAGAUCCUGCUCAAGGCGCUCACCAACCUGCCCCACACCGACUUCACGCUAAGCAAGUGCAUGAUCGACCAGACACACCAGCAAGAGGAGCGCCCCAUCAGGCAGAUCCUCUACCUGGGAAACCUGCUGGAGACCUGCCACUUCCAGAGCUUCUGGACGAGUCUUGAGGAAAAUCGGGAGCUCAUUGAUGGAAUUACUGGCUUUGAAGACUCUGUCCGCAAGUUCAUCUGCCAUGUGGUGGGCAUCACUUACCAGACCAUAGAGCGCCGCCUGCUGGCUGAGAUGCUGGGAGAUCCUCUGGACACACAGGUGAAGGUGUGGAUGAACAAGUACAACUGGACGGAAACAGAGGACGGACAGAUCUUCGUCUUCAACCAGGAGGAGAGCGUCAAGCCAAAGAACAUCGUGGAGAAGAUCGACUUUGAAAGUGUCUCAAGCAUCAUGGCCACCUCCCAGUGACACACACACGGUGAAGACGCUCAUUUACAAAAUUUUACACACAAUCAAAAUAAAUUAUCGUUUCUGA